AUGAAGUCCAUCAUCGACCGUGCGAAAAGACGCAUCUCGGACUUCACGGACUCCAACCCUCCCCCCCCCCAAUCUCCUCAAGCUACCACCACCAGUACGCCCCAUGCUGCUUCAUCUAUCCGUCCCAUAACUUGCCAAGAUAUUUUUCGCUACCGGUACCACCACGGCACGAACCUUGGCUCCAUAUUCGUCCUAGAGCGUUGGCUGUUCCCUUCCUUGUUCUCCGCUCCAGGAGACUCUGAGCUCGCUGCUGUAACAUCCUCUCUUUCCGAAAUUGGGCUUGAUAAAACCAAAGAACGCUGGAAAAACCAUUGGGAUUUUGCGUUGUCAGACGACGAUAUUCAAUUUCUUGUCCACGAGGCGAAAUGUACCAGCAUCCGGCUCCCCAUUGGGUAUUUCACUCUCGGCCCUGCAUUUUGCCAGGGGACGCCGUUUGAGGCCGCCGCGGAUGUCUACGUAUCGGCAUGGGCGGCUGUGUGCAAUCUCGUACGACGAGUAAACGAUGCUGGGAUUGGGGUUCUCCUUGACGUCCACGCGCUCCCUGGGGGCGCAAAUAAGGACAUGCACUCAGGGACUGAUAGUGGGAAAGCUGAGCUCUGGGACCAUUGGAAUACAGGGAGAAAGAACCGAGAAAUGGCCAAGAAGGUGGUAUUGCAAGUCGUCAGCGAAGCUGCGAACAUGAAAGGUAUUGUAGGAGUGCAGAUUGUCAACGAGGCCGUCGCAGGCGCACAUAAAUUGCAUGAAUGGUACGACGACGUAUUGAGGGAGAUACAGGACAUUGAUCCGACGAUGCCAAUUUAUGUGAGCGAUGCAUGGGACCUGAACGGUUCUCUGAGGUGGGUUGAGAACAGAAGGCAUCGGGGUGGAAAUCCGGUCGUCGUGGACACGCACAAGUACUACACCUUCAGCGAGGCCGAUCGCGCAAAGGCACCGCAACAUAUUAUCUCGCAAGUGCCCCAUGAGCUAGGAGAGAUUGACAAGUAUUCUGGUAGAGUCCAUGAUCGGGGGGCAGCGCAAAUAGUUAUCGGGGAGUACAGCUGCGUACUAGACGGCAAGACCUGGUCUCGAUCUGACCCAUCUCAGAAAGACGAUCUCGUUCGUCAAUUUGGGAAUGCUCAGAGUGAAAGAUGGCGAGAGAAGACCGGAGGCACCUAUUUCUGGACUGCAAAGAUGGAAUGGAUGGACGGCGGUGAGUGGGGUUUCUUCGAGCAGGUUAAAAAGCGUACGAUUGUAGCGCCUCCGUGGCUGUUCUUGAAUCCGAGUGACGUACAGCACCGUGCGGAUGAGGCAACGAGAUCCAAAGAAUCUACCUUCAGUCGAGCAUUGGGGAGCCACGUUGAGUAUUGGAGCCAAACAGCGCCUGGCAAGAAAUUUGAGCAUCACUGGUACGGUGAAGGGUGGGAUGCAGGGUGGGAGGAUGCAAAGUGCUUCUGGCUGGCGAGAUCCGAGGGCCACAUGGGAGAGGUUGCGAGUAGCUCUGGCGGUGCAGAGAAGAUUGGGUGCUUGGAAAUAUGGGUUCGAAAACGUCUCCAGGAAAGUUGGAAGGAAGGGGGAUCAGUAUGGGAGUGGGAACACGGGUUUCGGGCUGGAGUAAAAGCAUUCGAAGGGAUAGUCGGGCUUUGA